GAAUGUAAUUGCCAUUUCUUGGUCUUGCUUUUGGUAUAUUUUGCAUGUAUUUUCGAGUACAUGUUUCUAUAUUUUAACUAAUUAACGUAUUUGGAUUACAUAAAUCGUCUUGAGUGUGACCUAAUAAGUUAGUGUUAAAAACUAGUUCUUAUUAAAUACGUAAAUAAGAUGACGGUCGACGGUGAUGAUAAACCGCAGCGGGAUCGUGUGUUUAUGGAUAUUUCGAUAGGCGGUCUCCCGUCUGGUCGUAUUGUAUUCGAGUUGUUCAACGAUGUGGCGCCUAAGACCGCGGAGAAUUUCCGUGCGCUAUGUGCAGGUGACAUGGGCGUUGGGAAAGUUACGGGUAAACCUUUAACCUAUAAGGGUAUGGUUUUCCACCGAGUAGUGAAAGACUUCAUGAUACAAGGUGGCGACUUUACUAAUGCCAACGGAACUGGGGGGGAGUCUAUAUAUGGAGGAACCUUCGAAGAUGAGACAUUUGAACUUCAGCAUGAUAGGCCGUAUUUGCUGUCCAUGGCUAACAGGGGCAAGGACACAAAUGGUUCACAAUUCUUUAUAACAACACAGCCGGCGCCGCAUCUCGACAAUGUGCACGUAGUGUUCGGGCAGGUGGUGGGCGGCGCGGCGCUGGUGCGGCAGCUGGAGGCGCUGCCCGUGGACCGCAACGCGCGCCCGCUGCAGGACGUGAAGGUGGCCGGCUGCGGCCAGCUGGUCCGGCUCAAGCCCGGUAAGAAGCGUAAACAAGAGAAGGAGAAGGAUAGAGAAAGCGAAGAAGAAUCUGACCAAUCCCAUAAGAGAGAUAAGAAGAAGAAAAAGGAUAAGAAAAAGCUUGACAAGUUUAAACUACCUUUAUUUUAG